ACAGCCUUGACCCAAAUAUGAUGAAGGUUCUUCAAAAAGUGCAUGGGGGAUGCUUAUGAAAAACUAUACAUGGACUCCAGAAUUUUUUUGCACCGACAUAAGCUUAUGUUUUAAUAAAUUCCACUUUCCACAAACUUUUUUAAAAGAUUUGUUUGAAAGACAGAGUGACACGGGGUCAGGGGUAUAGAAGGGAGUCCCACCUUCUGUCCUCUGGUUCACUCCACAGAUGCCCCCGACAGUACGGGCUGGGCCAGGCCGAAGCCAGGAGCCAGGAGCUCCAUCCCUGUCUCUCACAGUGGGGCUGGAGGGAGGAGGCGGGGACCCGAGGACUUGGACCACCACCUGCUGCCUCCCCGGUGCACUCGCAGCUGCUGGACCCGAAGCAGAGGAGGAAGUCAACCCCAGACAUCCCAGUAUGGGAGGGGUGUCCCAGUAUGGGAGGGGGUGUCCCAAGUGGCACAAGGCCUGCUCCUCCACACCUUUCUGAAGUACCUUCACAUAUACUUACCCCCCCAACAUUGGGUCCAAAAGUAGUUUAUCCACGCCUGUGUUUAAAGUGCUGGGUACAAGUCUUGCUGGUUUUCCCAGAAUUCCCCAGGCAGCCUUAUCUUCCUAGGGUCCCCCCAUGUGCUGCCUCAUUGGUCCUUCAGAAGAAUUGAGAAAUAAAUGAGGCUCCAUUGAUGAUGUCCUCAGUGACCUUCUGGGGGAUGACAUGAUGCUUCCUGAGAAGCCUGUUAAUCGAGCUUCGCAUGCCAGAGACGCCGUGGGUGCAUCUCGGGGGCUGCCCUCAAAGACUGGAGCAAAGUCCCUCCUGGGAGACGACGAUGUCUUUGGCCCCAGGGAAGUCCUGGCAGAAGCUGACGCCGAGGUUUCGGAGGUCUCAGAUGCUGACCCGGAGGCCUUGCUCCAGGACCUGGAGCAAAUGGAUGCCGACUUCUUGGGUCUGAAGAAGUCUCACCCAGCCCCUGGCAGGACUGCAAAGGGUUCUGGGAAAGAAAUGUCUCCUGGCAACCCCAAGCCUGUGGACAAGUUGGCAGCUAGUGAGAAAGGGGACACCGCUCCCACCGGGAGGCCAGCUCGCAGCAGCUUUGGACAUCAGCACGGGAGGUUUUCCUCGGGAGACUCGGAAGACCCGACGGCAGGACUUCUCUCCCACGACGAGGAGGAAGCCGCCAAGAAGGCCCCCAGGACAGAGAGUAAAGCAGCUUCCGGCAAGGGCCCCAGCACCCACAGAGAGCAAGGCCCCUCCAUCCCCCUGACUCCCGGGGACACCCCCGUCCGAAAGAAAGAAGAAUUGCCGUUUGACGAGGGGGACGACCUCAUGGCCGCUCUGGGCUUUGGAGACAGCCCCAGGGCAGAGAAGAGGCAGAUGGGAGAGCAGGGAGGGCCCCGCCCUGCUCGCUCCAAGCUGGAUGAGCUGCUGGGUCGAGGCACAGCCGCCAGCCUCCUGACUCGCCCGGGGACCGGGGAGCACAGGGAGUUCAAGCUGGACAAGAAGUACCAGAGGCCGCAGGACAGAGAAGAUUCCUGGGGCGAUGAGGACCUCACCUUUGGUGCCUACCAGCCCACCGUGGCCUCCACAGAGGGCCGGCAGUCCCGUCGGCAGUCGGUCAGUAGGUUCUUAGCAGAAGGCAGCCCAAACACCAAGGGAGAACCGAGCUCCAAACAGAGCCCUCUAGCAGCUUCCAGCCCCGUCCACAGCAGGAAAGGAGGCGCCGACUGGUUGGGCCUCAAGGACGAUGACUUGGACCUUUUCCCCCCUUCUCCCCCCCGAGAGACCCGACAGGGAGGCUCUGUGCUGUCUGCCCCCCCAGUGCCCACUCCAAAGCAGCACUCGGGCCCUGCUGGGCUGCCGUCCUUGGGGGCAAAGCCCCCUGCCGAGCGUACCAUGUACCCUGCCAAAGCCAGCCAGGCCUCCAGGCUGGGAGCAUCCGAGGAGGAGGAGGACUGGCUGAGCCACGCCUUGUCUCGGAAGAAGUCUCAAGCCCUGGCUAAAGAGGAGCGAGCUGGGGCCGGCAGGGGCCGGCACUCCGAGAGGAUGGACGUUCAUCUCCCUCCUGACAGCCAAGCUGCCCCCAGCACUCGAGGGUUUGAGCAAGGAGCUGCUGGCGGGACCUUGGGAACAGCACAAGAAACGCCAGCCGCCAAGCCUGAUGUAGCAGCGUCCGUGCACAGCCGAGGCACAGCGUCCCCUGUGGCUCGGAGCCAGGCUGCCUCGGCCCUGCCAGCAGGUGACCCAACAAGGGGAGCAGCCUCUGGAGGCCUCCCUGAGCCUGCGGGUGUUUUCCCGAACUCCCAGGAGCCCACAGGACUCUCUCUGCCCGUCCAGCCCCUGCUCCCAGAGCCCCUGGCCCGGAGCUUGCUCCCGGGCACGGAAUGCCAACAGCAGCUCCUGGUGGCUCAGGGCGGCCCCACCCAGCUCCAGGCUGAGCUGCUGCAGAGCCAGGCCCGGCUGGCAGAGCUGGAGGCGCAGGUGCGGAAGCUGGAGCUGGAGCGGACCCAGCACAAGCUGCUGCUGGAGGGCCUGCAGCAGCGACACCAGGCAGACCUGGAGCUCAUCGAGAGCGCGCACAGAGGCCGUGUCAAGAUGCUGGAGACGUCCUACCAGCAGCGGGAGGAGCGGCUCCGGAGAGAGAGCGAGGAGCUGUCAGCCCAGCUCCUGUCGCACCGCCAGGAGGCCGAGCAGGCCCGCGCUGAACUCACAGCCCAGCACCAGCGGCGCCUGGCCGCCGCCAUGCAGGAGAAGGAGCAGGAGGUGGAGCGGCUCCGGGAGCUGCAGCGGAUGUCCAUCCUGGAAAUGCGCAAGGACCACGAGGAGCAGCUGCAGCGGCUGAGGCUGCUGAAGGAGCGGGAGAUCGACGCCGUCACCAGUGCCACCUCCCACACGCGGUCCCUGAACGGCGUCAUCGAGCAGAUGGAGAGGUUCUCCAGCAGCCUGAGCGAGCUGUCCUCCCGCGUGGAGGCCUCGCACCUCACCGCCUCGCAGGAGCGGCAGCUGGGCGCCCGGCAGCGGGACGAGCAGCUCCGAGCGCUGCAGGAGCAGCUGGGCCGGCAGCAGCGGGACAUGGAGGAGGAGCGCAGCCAACUCCAGGAGGUCAUCGGGAAGAUGGAGGCGCGCCUGAGCGAGCAGAGCCGGCUCCUGGAGCAGGAGCGCUGGCGAGUGAGUGCCGAGCAGUCCAAGGUGGAGUCCACGCAGCGCGCCCUGGAGGAGCAGAGGAAGGUCAUGGUGCAGCAGAUGGCCAUGGAGAGGGGCGAGCUGGACAGAGCCAAGACCGCCCUGCUGGAGGAGCAGAAAUCCACCAUGAGGAAGUGUGCCGAGGAGCAGCGGCGCCUGGCGGCCGAGUGGGCGGAUUUCUUCACCCAGCAGAAGCUGAGUAAGGAGCGGGCCGAGCGCGAGGUGGAGCGGGCGCUGCAGGCCGACACCCAGCGGGAGGGCAGCCUCGUCAGCCUGGCCAAGGAGCAGGCGGAGCUGAAGAUCAAGGCCAGUGAGCUGCGGGCCAAGGAGGAGCAGCUGGCGGCCGCGCGGGCAGCUGUGGAGCGGGAGCGGCAGGAGCUGCAGCUGGAGAAGGAGAAGGUCAAGGCCGCAGCCCUGCGCCUCCAGCUGCGCGCCGAGGAGGUGGAGAGCAUGAGCCAGGUGGCCUCCGCCAAGUAUGAGGAGGGCGAGCGGGCGCUGCGUGAGGCCCGGCAGGUGCAGUCGGCGCAGCAGGCCCGGCUGCAGGCGGUGCAGCAGCAGCAGGAGCAGUUGUGGCAGCAAGAGCAGCGCAUGCACCAGGAACAUCUGAACCUGGCCCAGCAGAGGCUGCGGCUGGACCGGAUCCAGCAGGAUCUCCCCUCCAGCCUUGCGAGGCUGAGCCCCGGGGCCCAGGGCCCAGCAGCCCCCGGCCCGAGUGCUCUUGUGGCUCCCGCCACCGUCACCCCUGGCUGCAGCCAGCCCCCUGCUGGCCCGGACCCCACCCAGCUCUACGCCAGGCUGGUGCUGCUGAGAUACACGGCCGAGCAGGACCGCGACUUCCUGGAGAACGAGCAGUUCUUCCUGGAGACCCUGAAGAAAGCCUCGUACAACCUGACCUCCCACUCAGCCUGACAGCCGCUCGGGGGCGCCACGGAGGAGGCGCCGGGCCUCCUUACAGCGCCUCCUGGGCCGCCGUGGGCACGGCCCCGGAGCGUCAGGACACAGCUCACAGCUCCGGCCCUCCUGCCCUCCUGCCCCACGGCUCCCGGCUCCCCGGCGCGGACGGCGGCUGUGAGCGCAGUGAGCACCCCUCGCACCCGGGCUCCCGCUCGGCUCCCGGGACCCUCCUCUCCCCCACGGCAGACACGUGCAGGGUCUCGGGCCUUUCUCAGGGACACCACCAGAGCCUCUGCCCCCUCUGCCUGAGAUAGGGUCUCUGGCCUCCUGGGGAGGGCGCUGUGGCCAGCAGGUUCCGCCCCGCAGCGUGCAGCACUCGGAUUGUGCCAAGUCCCCGUCUCACUCCCAGCACUGCCCACGUUACCGACCAGCUCAGCCGGACACAGCUCACCUGUCUUCCUGGUCUUUUCUCUCCACCAGAGGCAGGGAGGGAACAGGAGUGGGGGCUUCUCUGUGCUGUUCACCUGCCGAAGCCGCUGUGGCAGUCCCCCUGCUCUGGUGGGCACUGGGCAGCGGGGGCAGGAGGGCUGGACUGGAGGAGCCGCGCUCCCCCAGGCGGCGGCCGCCUGCCCCUCUGCCGUCCUCCACGUGUGGGCGGUGUGCAGGCCAGCUGGAGGGGCAGGACCCGGGACACUGACUCAGCUGAUCCCGGUCACCUCCUAAAGCAGCCUCGGUCAGGAGCAGUUUCUCCCUCCCAGCCGAGAGGAAACCACGCAUGUGCACAGGAGGAGGGGCUGAGCCGGCCCCAGCGCCACCGUCUGUCUGCUCGUCCGAACGGCUUCCACAGGGGUCGUACUCACCAAUGACUUAUGGCAUAGGUUUUGGAUCCAUUAAAUUGAUACAUUUUUAA